UACCGAACCAGUUAAUGUCGUGUCUAAAUUAACUAACCGUUUCCAGAUCUGCGCCUUGACAGACGUUUUAUCCAUUUUGGACAGGCACGGCCGAGGCGGAACAUUUCUGAAAGGUUGUCUUUCAGCCGAAAGCCACACGGAAAGUGGGGAUGAAUUAAGGAGAUUUAAAGGAACACGUAGAAGUUUCGACGUUGCCGAACACAACUAGAGAAAAGUUUGUUUUUCGAAGGAACCACUGGAGGCAUCGCGACCAGCAGCAAACCAUUCAACUCCGACAUCCGAUGCGAAGGUUCUAUGGCAUAACGCCUUCGCUCCCAUUCAGCCAGUCCCUGGGGAGGAGCACAGCGUUCUGACACCCCGUUGCCACUUUCCACAGCUCGAGGUAAACCAGGAAGCGGCCGGCAGGAGCCAUGCCCGCGCUGGCCACCGGAGUCGGCCAUGAGCCAGGGUUCAACCUGACAUUGCGACCCCCAGAAGGUCUGUAUGAGCUGCUGGCGGCUCUGCCCUCCCAGCUGCAGCCCCAUUUGAGCCGCCCCGAGGACAACACCUUCCUCCAGAACAUGUUUGGGGAGAGAAGUCUCCAGACACUGGUCAAGAUCCAUGAGCAGCUGCAGUUCUACGAAGAGAGCAAACCAGUACCCGUCCUGGACAGAGCUGCAGCUUUGGCCCAUGAACUGUCUGAGGAGAUGGAGGGGAAAUCAGCGAACAGGGAAAUCAAAGAGCUUCUCCAACUACUGGCCAUACCCCACGUGAAGAGCCUCCUGUUGGUCCAUGACACCAUCGCCCAGAAAAGCUACGACCCCGAACUGCCUCCGCUGCCGGAUGACAUCGACGACGACGAGGAUUCCGUGAAGAUCAUAAGACUGGUCAAAAACAAGGAACCGCUUGGAGCAACGAUAAGGCGUGACGACCUCACGGGAGCCAUCGUUGUGGCACGCAUCAUGAGAGGGGGAGCGGCUGACAGAAGUGGGCUUAUUCACGUAGGAGAUGAACUGAAGGAGGUCAAUGGAAUCACUGUGGAUGACAAGAAACCAGAGGAGAUCAUUCAUAUCCUGGCCCAGUCGCAAGGGGCCAUUACUUUCAAAGUGAUCCCCAGCGUCAAGGAAGAGGAACCAACCAAGGAGCCAAAGGUGUUUAUGAAGGCGCUCUUUGACUACGACCCCAAGGACGACAAAGCCAUCCCAUGCAAGGAGGCCGGAUUGGCCUUCAAGAGGGGCUCCAUCCUACAGAUCAUGAGCCAGGACGAUGCUACCUGGUGGCAGGCCAAACAUGAGGGGGAGGCUAACCCCCGCGCUGGCCUCAUCCCGUCCAAGCAGUUCCAGGAGAGGAGAUUUACACUGCGGCGACCUGCUGCCACUCUCCCGCUGCAGAAGACCUCCAGCCGUCGAUCAUAUGAUGUGGCUAUAGAGUUUGAGGACGCGGACUAUAGUAGCAGGUUCCAGCUAGCUGGGUUCAGGAGAAGUUUCCGUCUGAGUAGGAGGGACAAGAAGACCAACAAGUCCAUGUACGAGUGCAAGAAGAGCGAUAUAUACGACACGGCCGAUGUGCCCACGUAUGAGGAGAUCACCACAUACCGCAGGCCCAGUGGAGCCAAGCACAGGCUGGUGGUCCUAGUGGGACCCCCGGGAGUUGGCCUGAAUGAACUCAAGAGGAAACUGUUGAUCUCAGACCCCCAGCACUUCAGUGUGACCGUCCCACACACGAGUCGAGCCAAGAAGAACCAGGAGAGCGACGGUGUGGAGUACCACUUCAUCUCCAAACACCUCUUUGAGACGGAUAUCCACAAUAACAAGUUCAUAGAGUACGGAGAAUACAAAGGGAACUACUAUGGAACGGCUCUAGACUCAGUCCGCUCCGUCCUCUCCAGGAACAAAGUGUGCCUCCUGGAUGUCCAGCCUCACACCAUAAAGCUCCUGCGGACGGCGGAAUUUAAGCCCUUUGUCGUGUUGGUGAAGCCUCCAUCGAUUGAAAGACUGAGAGAGACCAGAAUGAACGCCAAAAUUAUAUCGGGCAAGGAUGAUAAGGGCUCCGCCAAGCCAUUCACGGAGGAGGACUUCAAUGAGAUGGUGACCACCGCCCAGAUGCUGGAGGUCCAACACGGCCACCUGUUCGAGAAGGUCAUAGUAAACGAUGACCUCUCGGCGGCCUUCAGCGAGCUGCGGGCGGCGCUGAAGACAGUGGAGACAGAGACUCACUGGGUGCCGGUUAGCUGGACUCACUCCUAAAGUCCACAUGCAUUGUACAAGGUGAAAAGGGAAGGGCUUUGACCUUUAAAAAAAAAAAAAAAUCUUUCUAUACCUACUGGUGAGGGUCAGUGGGAGUCCGAUACACAGGGAUAAAACAAGACUGUUGCGUCACCAUACCUGCGCUGCACAGAUUAAUUAAACCAGCUUCUCAGGUCUGGCCAGAUCCAACAGUUAGGUCAUGAGGCCUCCGUGCAGCGUGCGGGCCAUUGGACAUCAAUCUUGUUCUGUCUGGGCCACCAUGCCGGCAAUGGCAACGGGAUCGGAGCUCCUUGCUCCAAAACCAGAGCAGGCCUGGAACGUGGCCGCACCGGCAGCCCUGCAAGCACUUCAGCAACGUGCAAACCUGUUCUACGUAUUUAGUGUGUUUACAACAUUAGGCCGAUAGAAACCAAAGGGAUUGACAUAUUUCUUUCUUGUUGGACAACAUACAUGCAUAAGUCUGUAAAGAAACUCUCAAGGAAAAGAGGAGAGAAGUAAACAUUUGCCUUCCGUGUUACUGUGUUUCUACGCUUCCAUGACUCUUACUUCAAACAAAGCAUCGUCAGGUACACGCCCAAGAAAGGGCAGUAAGUGUUGUUUUAUUUAAGAGAAAUUAAUAUAUUUUCUGAUAUCUGCUUUUUAUAUAAGCAUCCUCCUGAUUUUAACCGUGUCCUCCAUUCAGACAGCGUCUAGCAUCCAAGGUGUCUCUACUUGCUGACAAGUGUACGGAUUUCACUGGCCCGUUCUAGUUUUCCUCUUAAUAAGCACUCAGAGAAGCAUUUUUUAGGUGUUAUAUAUUCCAUUUAACAGCGUUUUGAAAAAAAAGCCACCCUUCAAACUAAGGUGCCCAACAUAACAGCUUGGUCAUUUAAUGUCACAGAACUGUAAACCUUUUGGCUGUGCUACAAUUUUGUUUUAUUAGGGUGGAGUCUUUAUUUUUAUUCACAUAAAAAAGGGCUUCAGCGAGGCUGCUAUUAGAAGGUCUGCAGGACACGUCCAGCGUUUUAACUCUAAGCAAUGCUAAGUAGCUGCACCAGACUUUAUGAGCAAGUUUAUUGCUAAUUUAAGCCUUACUCAUUUUUUACUCUCUAAAUGAUUUUCACAGCAGCCAGUUAUUAAUCCUGGCUGUAUCCUUAUUAUUAUUAUCAUUAAACAAUGUGACAGCCCUGGUAGCUUCUGGUUUCCUUGAUGAAUAACGAAAAGCAAUAUUUUACAUUUAAAAAGCUAUUGUUUGCUGCCUUACUUAAAGUGAGACAAAAAGGUCAAUACCAAGUGCAUAUACAUUAUUGAUCGACCUAGAGCCACCUUAGCUUAGUUUAGUUUAGCAUGAACAAUGGAAAAAGUGGUCAACUGCUAGCUUGGCUGCAUCCAAAGAUGAGAAUUAGGCAGCAGAUCUAAAGCUGUAAUUUUAUGUAGUUAUGGUUCCUUUAAUUAUUCUUUUAGAGUACAGCCAUGAGAGUGGUAUUGACUUUCUAAACAUUAAGCAUAUUGUCACAAUGUUAAACUAUUCCCAAAAUAUGUAUUUGAACCAUUUGGCAUUUAUACAGUGCAAAUGAAUUCCCUUUAAUACACUAGCUGUGUGUCCAGCUCAGGUUAUAUUGUUUAUUUCACCUCGACCCACUGUCAAUUUUUUUUGGUGGUCCAUUUAAUAAAAAGGGUAAUAUGAGUCAGUUGUAAUAUAUUUUUAAAGGGCCUUUAACACCCUUCACUUUACCCCGAGUCUUUUAUUAAUUUGUGUCACAUAAAAUUCCCUUUUUUGUAUAUUACUUUACUCAUUCACUUGUUCAUAUUUCAGCCCUCUUGCCAUCUACUUCAUGGAUGAAAAUCAAAUUUGCAGAGUCUACAUAAAAUAUUUUUAAUUUCCUGCUGUAAAUGCAAUGCUGUUGUAUGAAUUUACAUUAUUCUUGAUAAAUGCUUCAUUUGUAUUAAAGACAAUUCAAGUAAACUUGUGAACGUCUAUGGGUAAAAAGUAAGAGCAGUGAUAUGUGUUCCAGUGUUUCUGUGGUUUUUGCCUUUGAGUGCCCUUUUUUUUAAUCCACGUCUUUUGCUGCCGCCACAGAAGUUCACUCUGGACGGCAGAGUAUACAACAUAGCUGACACCUUUCAUCUCGUCAAUUUGGCCGUUACAGCUGACUUCAAUUUUCACAAUAUUGCAGUAAUUUUCCUCACACUGUAAUCACAUUUAAUGCAUUUUAAAAGGUGAUUUGGCUUUUUGUCGUUGCAGAUUUUCACCCAGUUUAUACAUUCCUGUAAUGAAUUGCAUUACACUGACCCUGAAACUAUU